GCGUUGUCAGACUUUUACUUGUGCCACGGGCCUAAAGCGGAAGCUGUAAUUUAACCCUCUCUCGUGACAGGGUUUGGAUUUGUUCUUGGAAAAAACAAGCCAGCUUGUACGAUAAGGAGGGGGGGUUAAACAUUUGGGAAAGCCCUGAUUUUUUUUUUCUUUCUUGGACUGCUGACGCGUCCAGCGGCUACGUGCUGUGCCUUAGCACCGUGGAUUUUCCUUAUCCCUCCACCAUGUUACUUCACUUUAUACUUUUACUGGCCUUGGUUUUCCAGGCUGACUCCUACUUUUCGGAGGAAAAGUACCCGGAGGAGUCGAAAAUGCAGCCUCCUACGGUGGUUAUCGCUAUCAUAGCCAGGAACACUGCUCAUUCCCUGCCGUACUACCUCGGAGCUCUGGAGAGACUCAACUACCCCAAAGAUCGCAUCUCUGUGUGGGCGGCCACAGAUCACAACUCGGAUAACACCACAGCCAUACUGAAAGAGUGGCUUACUGUCAUGCAGAAAUAUUACCAUUAUGUUGAGUGGAGACCUAUGGACCAGCCCACGUCCUAUGCAGGAGAGUUGGGUCCUAAGCAUUGGCCCAACAGCAGAUAUGAGUAUGUGAUGAAGCUGAAGCAGGCAGUGCUCAACUUUGCCAGGAAACGCUGGGCUGAUUACAUCCUGUACGCUGACACAGAUAAUAUCCUCACCAACCCAGAUACCCUCAAUCUGCUGAUAGCAGAGAACAAGUCAGUCAUUGCUCCCAUGCUAGACUCUCAGGGAGCGUACUCCAACUACUGGUGUGGAAUCACUCCACAGGGAUAUUAUCGUCGAACAGCAGAGUAUUUCCCCACCCGUCACCGUCACAGACUGGGCUGCUUCCCCGUGCCCAUGGUCCACUCCACCUUGCUACUGGAUUUAAGGAAGGAAGGCAUGAAGAAGCUGGCCUUCUUCCCUCCUCAUGCGGACUACUCGUGGCCCUACGACGACAUCAUCGUGUUCGCCUUCUCUUGCCGAGCUGCAGAGAUACAGAUGUAUUUGUGUAACAAGGAGCGCUACGGCUACCUGAACGUCCCAGCCAAACCUCACCACUCCUUGGAAGAUGAUCGCCUCAACUUUGUCCAUGUCCAUCUUGAGUCCAUGAUUGAUGGUCCUCCAAUGCAGCCCUCACGCUUUGUCCAUGCGAUCCCAAAGCAGAGAGACCUCAUGGGCUUUGAUGAAAUAUAUCUGAUUAAUCUGCGACGUCGUCCUGACCGUAGAGAGCGGAUGUUAUUCUCUCUGAAUGAGCUGGAGAUUGACGUCAAGGUGGUGGACGCUGUGGAUGGAAAUGCACUGAACAGUAGUGACAUUAAGAUCCUGGGUGUCGACCUGCUGCCGGGCUAUUAUGACCCGUUCUCUGGACGCACCCUAACCAAAGGAGAGGUGGGCUGCUUCCUCAGCCACUUCUACAUCUGGAAGGAGAUGGUGGACAUGCAGAUGGACAAGGCGCUGGUAUUUGAGGACGACGUUCGCUUCCAGGCUAACUUUAAACGGCGAGUCCUCAGACUGAUGGAGGAGAUCGAGAAAGUAGAGCUGGACUGGGACAUCAUAUACUUGGGCAGGAAGCAGGUGAAUCCUGGAAAGGAGGAGGCAGUGGAGAACGUUCGCAACUUGGUGGUGGCUGACUACUCGUACUGGACUCUGUCCUAUGCCAUCUCCCUGCAGGGAGCCCAGAAACUGCUCAACGCUGAGCCACUUUCCAAGAUGCUGCCUGUCGAUGAAUUCCUCCCCAUCAUGUAUGACAAACAUCCCAACGAGGACUACAAGUCCCAUUUCCCCAACAGGAACUUACAAGCCUUCAGUACACGCCCCCUUCUGGUCCAACCGUGUCACUACGCUGGUGACGCCCAGUGGGUGAGUGACACAGAGACAUCCACUCUGUGGGAUGAUGACUCUGUACGCACUGAUUGGAGGGGUUCCCAUAAAACCCUGAAAGGGGCCGCGCCGUCCCCAGACAUGCUGUCAGCGGCCUACAAGGAUGAACUUUAGCUCAAAUAAGACGUAGCCGUGGAGAACCUGCAGGUCAAAAGGCCACGAGGUCAGAGAGACAGGCGUCGGGAAGAGAAAGUGUUCUCAGACUUUAUUUCAGUCCACUCUGUGUCGUACUGCUGACAUGCUCAGUGUGAUUUAAACUGGACUCCCAAGCAUGUAAGCAAGUGUAAGGCACAAUAUUAUUUUUGGGGGGAAACAAUAUGAGGGACCGUGUGAAUUGAGUCUGUUUGUAAAGACAUUUAAAACAAUGGGUGUUUUCAAUACUAGUACCGAUGUCUUAGCAAUUCAAAUGCUUGUAUUUGCACAGUAGAUUAUUCUUAAGAACAAUCCAUACUUAUGAUUUUUUUACUUUAUUCAGACCUUUUUUUCUUCAUUAUGUUUAAGUUUAAACUGUUUGGUAUGACAAGUUUCACAUUCACAAGUUGAAUGCUGACCGAGGCUCCAGUAGCUGCACUGUUCAAAACUCCUGGCAAGUCUGGACAAAGGUCUGAUAUUGUUAUUGCUAUUAUUUCUCUAUCGGUACAACUGUCUGUUCACUUCUCCAUUUGUGAAUGUCUUCCAUUGGGACUGUAAAGAGAUACAUUUGUAUUAAACAAAAAGCUAGACUGACCCUAAUUAAUGUUUCCAUUGGCUUUAAAGCUGAUGUACCUCAUGGUUUCUAGGGACAGUAUCAGACUGUUUCAGCGGUACCAGAUUGUAUUCAGGAAAUAUUUUGUUAGUGAAACUAACACAUUGAAUGUUUGCAUUUGAAUGAUUUAAUCUUCUUUAAAAUGUUAAGUCAUCCAUAGAUUAACUGAAAAAACAUUGACUCAUUAGACAAUAGGGUUGGGUGAUAUAUAUCCGCUAUCUCCAGUCCAUCACCAGUUGUCUUUUGUUUUGGGUUUUUUUGGGCCAAUUUUUAGGGCAAUUUUUGUCAUUUUAUUAAUGGUCUGCCUCCAAAGAAUAUUUUCACAAUGAACUGCGGGUUUAUUUCGACUAGUUUGACGGCAGGGAAUACAUUAACAAGGUAAAUCACAGAGGCUCCAACCAGGCGCAGCACACAUGCAUGUGCGAAUUUAUCGGCAAUUACCGGUUGUUUGACUGGCGGUGGCCAGUUGGAAAAACAUAUCGCCCAACCCUGUUAGACAAUCUUCUACUCUAUGGCUGUGUUUUGAUGUAUUUUACAUUUAGCCUGAGAAAUUGAAAGCUCAGAUUUUGUAUAAUUCUACUGCCACCAGGUCAAUGCUUAUACUCUGGCUCUUUUAAUGUUAUGUUUUCUGAAGUAUCAAACUGUGUUCUAUGUAUUUAGAAAACUAAAUGAUAUUCUUUAGAUGAAACCACAAAAUGUUUAGACUCUAACAUAUCUGACUUAACUGUUAUGUAUCUUAAAAAGCAGUUCACAUUAUCCAAACCUAAAAAAUGUUUCACAUGUCAAAGUAAUGUUUGAAUUGAAAGUACAUAUGCUUGGCACUAUGAUACUGCACAAUUACUUGAGAGGUCAGCAGACUACUUUAGACACGCUCCUUAGAAAUAAACAGCUGAUUUUGGGAGUGCUCAAAUAUUUGUAUAAAAUAAAUGCAGCAUGUUGAGCUGUGAAUUCCACUUGUACAUCUAAGAGGGUAACUUUGGUCCACUUGGUGUCAAACAUUCAUCCAGUCUUAAGUCAGUAAAAGCCAUAUUAAAACACAGCCUUUUUGUAGCAUCACUGAGAUCCUUAAAUCUAAGAAUGUGUUGACACGUCUGCACAGGGUUGCAAUGCAAGUAAAUGAUGUUGUAAAUCUGAUGUCCCUCAUUGAUUUAAAUCACGAUGAUCAAUUUACACUAAACUUAUAUUACAUUCGUCUGUCUUCAUAAGCAUUCAUUCAUUCAUUUUCUGUCUGUUAUUAUGAGUGUUGCUUUUCCUUCAUAUGUCUUAAUUUAUUUGUCAAGUCUUUUUUCAGAUGUGGCUGAUGGAUGAGUCACACAACAUAAUGUAAAGCAAACUAUCAAAGUGCAAUGGAUUUUCUGCCAAAAGCUUCUGCGUGUGUGACUUUGAGCAAUAAAUUUGUAUUCAGAUGAAAAAUGUACAGCAAACUUUUCAAACUUUAA